AAAGCUCCCUGCGCAUUGAUCCAUUACGGGCCGUCGCUCAUGCCGCCGCCAGCCGUUUGCGCUUGGGCCUCUCACCGAAGACGGCUCGGCGGCUCGUGCCUUUCGACCUCGAUCUGCCACCAAACACCUCGUGCCCCAUCUCACGCUCCUUUUCGAUGAUGCUGUCUGAUCGACUUUUAGUUGCUGCCAUCGCACUCGUCGUCGCUUCCCUCUUCGCGCGCGGUCUCGGCACCCACUCGCCAGUCGAGCACCUUCCCCGUCACCACCACCAACCAAGCCCGCAGCCUCGUGCUCCCUCUCAUCCCACGAGCAGCUACACCCUCUCCUUCUCUCUCUCCACUGUGACCGACUUCCUGUCCUUCUUCGACUUUGCCGCAGUCGCAGACCCUUCGGGCGGAGUGGUCGAAUACGUCAACCAGUCCGAAGCCAAGCGGCUCCAUCUCUACGGUCCUGGGCAAGAUGGGAGCGGAUUUCGCUUCUCUGCAGACCUCACCGAGUCCAACAUCACCGGACCCGGUCGAAAGUCUCUACGUUUCGUGAGCAAAAAGACUUACGGUGACGGUUUGUAUAUAUUCCAAGUCCGUAAAGGCCCCGCUGGUUGCGGUGUGUGGCCUGCCCUUUGGACGGUGAUCGAGAAGGAUUGGCCGCUACAUGGAGAGAUAGAUGUGCUUGAGUGGUCGAAUGGGAGAAGGAGGUUCAAUAGUCCCAAUCUACAUACGGGGCAAAACUGUACCAUGCCUGGUGAUCAGGGGGGGAAGUACUACUCCGGACGAUCGCAGGGGAUACUGGAUUGUGAUUCGAUUAACGGCAAGAACGGCAACAUAGCCUGCGGCAUCGACUCAGUCUCCUCUCCCCUCUCUUCUGGGGUAGCCCACAAUGCUAAUGGCGGAGGUUACAACGUUAUGCAUCGUACCUCCUCUGCAAUUACGCACUGGUUCUUCACAGAAUGCUCAGCUCCUACCAUCAUUACCAAUCCGCCCUCCCAUCUUCCCGCUGGAUGGGAGGAAAGCCUAGGCAAGCCAGACGCCCGCUUUCCCUCUUCCAAGAGCUGCGAUCUGGCGGCCAAGUUGAACGAGCCACACAAUGUGAUCAUGAACAUCGACUUUUGCGGCCUUGCUCAAGGCUACUGGGAAGAAGAGGGUUGCCUUGCCGUCGCGCCCGACUGCUACAGUUGGGCCAAGACGCCUGAUGCGACGAGGUACUACAGGUUAGAGGGGCAAAGUGUUGACUUUGAUAUUGCAAGGUUCAGCUAUUACAAGAUGGAAUGAGGGAGAGGCUAUGUGGGUUGGCAAGAUUGAUCUCCGGACCUUAUCAGCCGCAGAAGCCACGGAUGAGGAAGGCUGAUGCGGUUAUGAGGAUCCGUUG